CGGAAAAAAGAAAAGGAAAGCUGCUGUUUGUUGAAUAGCGUUCGGAAUAUACCCUUUGCUUUCUUUUUGGCCUUCGUUUAUCGAUUUAUUUUGCCGGGAAUAAUAAAAAAAAAGAAAAAGAAAAAGAAGGAAAAUAAAGGAAGCAACACCGCAGCCAUGUCAGUCGCAACAAUGCUCCAGCCAGCCUCGCGGGCGUCGAGGGCGUCUACGUCUUCAUCCUCUUCAUUCCAGCCCAUGACCAGACAAAACACCAUGUCUUCGCACGAUGCCCGCUCUAUGCGACAGUCCAAGCGGAUGUCCGUCACGGCCCUGUAUCUGUCCAUGUCGGCAAAGGAUAAGGAUCUUGAGAUAUCAGAUGAGCUGGCAAAAGCGCAGAAAGCUCUGAGGGAAUUGAAGUUGAAGAUAUCGUCGCAGUCGAAGAAGAACUUCGUGCUUGAGAAAGACGUGCGAUAUUUGGAUUCGAGAAUUGCGCUUUUGAUUCAGAACCGCAUGGCGUUAGAAGAACAAAACGAAGUCGCUAGCCACCUCGACGAUUCAGCCGAACUCCAAGAGGGUGUCUUCCCGAACGACGAUAAAACGCAGAAAUAUGGAAAUCUCUUAUUCCUCUUACAGUCCGAACCGCGUCAUAUCGCACACCUUUGCAGACUGGUUUCGAUGGCUGAGAUCGACUCGCUGCUUCAAACCGUCAUGUUCACUAUCUACGGUAACCAAUACGAAAGCCGAGAAGAGCAUCUCUUACUGACCAUGUUCCAAUCCGUCCUCACAUAUCAAUUCGACAACACCCCUGAAUACUCUUCCCUUCUACGUCAGAACACUCCGGUGUCUCGGAUGAUGACAACGUACACCCGAAGAGGCCCCGGACAAGCUUAUUUGAAGCAGGUCCUUGCAGAUCAAAUCAACUCUCUUAUUGAAUUGAAGGACGUGGAUCUUGAGAUCAACCCACUGAAAGUUUACGAAACAAUGGUGAAACAAAUCGAAGAAAAUACAGGAUCCUUGCCAGACUAUCUGCCAAAGUCGGUGACGGCAGAAGUCGCUGCUGCAAACGAACAGGUCCAGGCGAUUAUCGCGCCGCGUCUAAAAAUGCUGAGCGACAUCGCCAAUGCUUUCCUUGGCACGAUCAUCGAGGGACUCGAGGAGACCCCGUACGGUAUCCGUUGGAUUUGCAAGCAGAUCAGGAGUCUUUCGAGACGGAAAUACCCUGAUGCGCAAGAUCAUACGAUCUGCACCCUGAUUGGAGGGUUCUUCUUUUUGCGAUUCAUCAACCCCGCUAUUGUUACUCCUCGAUCCUACAUGCUUAUCGACGGAACGCCCGCCGAGAAGCCGCGGCGUACAUUGACGCUUAUCGCGAAGAUGUUGCAGAACAUCGCGAACAAGCCAUCUUACGCGAAAGAGCCAUACAUGGCCAAACUACAGCCGUUCAUCCAUCAGAAUAAAGAACGGGUCAACAAAUUCCUGCUGGAUCUCUGCGAGGUUCAAGACUUUUAUGAAAGUUUGGAAAUGGAUAAUUACGUUGCCCUCUCCAAGCGCGAUCUCGAGUUGCAGAUCACUCUAAACGAAGUUUACGCCACUCAUGCCCUCCUUGAUAAACACAGUGCCGCCCUGGCCUCCGACCAACACUCGCAUCUUCACGUCUUACUACAGGAACUCGGUCCAUCUCCGCCCCAAUUACCGCGCAAGGAGAACCGAGUCAUAAAUCUACCGCUGUUUAGCAAGUGGGAAACCCCGAUCGACGACUUAACCUCGGCGUUGGAUAUCACCCAAGAAGAGAUAUAUUUCAUGGAAGCCAAGUCCACAUUCGUUCAGAUCCUACGUUCACUGCCGCCAAAUUCGGCUGUUACGCGCCGCCCGCUUCGAUUAGAUCGGAUCGCUGAGGCUGCUGCGACGCUGAAGAACGACGCUGUCAUGGUGCGCAAGGGGAUUCGUACGAUGGAGCUGUUGAGCUCGCUUCAAGAACUCGGUGUCAUCGAUAAGUCUGAUGACUUUAGCCUGCUUCGGAACGAAGUCGAGCAGGAGCUCGUCCACCUGGGCUCGUUGAAGGAGAAGGUUAUCGAGGAAACCAGGAAGCUGGACGAGGUGUAUCGGACGAUUCGCGACCAUAAUACGUACCUGGUCAUGCAGCUGGAGACUUAUAAGUCGUAUCUGCAUAAUGUGCGCAGUCAGUCGGAGGGGAAGCAGAGGAAGCAGCAGAAACAUCAGGAGCUGGGGCCGUAUAAGUUCACACAUCAGCAGCUGGAGAAGGAAGGGGUUAUUCGAAAGAGUAAUGUUCCCGAGAACCGAAGGGCUAAUAUAUAUUUUAUGUUCAAGAGUCCGUUGCCGGGGACGUUUGUUAUUAGCUUGCAUUAUAAAGGACGUGCGCGUGGUCUCUUGGAGCUUGACUUGAAACUUGAUGAUCUGCUGGAGAUGCAGAAGGAUAACCAAGAAGAUCUGGACUUGGAAUACGUUCAGUUCAAUGUCUCCAGGGUGUUGGCGCUGCUGAACAAACGCUUUGCUCGAAAGAAAGGCUGGUAAAACGAGGAAGCCAAAAAUGAAUAAAAGGAGCAGGCUUUAAGCGCUUUGUGUUGUCGACGGUACGGACAGUCUAUCGGAAGAUAUGAGGCCCCGAUUGAAGCCCGCUUCUAUUUUACCCUACGAAAAAUUUCGCACGUUUGCAUACACAUCACUACUUGGGAAAGGCGAACGCAUCUUCCUCAAAUUCCCCGUUUUAACUGUUUUUGUUUCCCCUUCCACCCUCUCAAGUCAUGCCCCGUAUUAUUUUUAUGCUUGACUAUUCUGCCUACCCGCAUCCCAUCCGGAUGACGCACUCUACCCCCGACUCACUGGCUGAGAGAAAGGGGAAAAGAGCAGAAAAAAAAAAAUCUAAUGCUGUAAUCCAUCCGAUAGUGACUUUUAUCCUCCCCUUGUGUCUGCUAAUGGAGACCAUGAGUUGCUGCUUCUCCCGCCCCCAACCGCUGGCCGGGGAGGGGAGAGGAGGGCUGC